AUGGGAAUCAAAGGUUUGACCGCGUUGCUCUCGGAGAACGCCCCCGGGGCGAUGCGAGAGCAAAAAUUCACCAGUUAUCUCGACCGACGCGUCGCCAUCGACGCCUCGAUGCACAUCUAUCAAUUCAUGAUCGCCGUCGGACGCACGGGCGAGCAGACGCUGACGAACGAGGCGGGAGAGGUGACGUCACACUUACAGGGGAUGUUGAUGCGCACGUCGAGGAUGCUCGAGGCGGGGAUCAAACCCGUGUACGUGUUCGACGGGAAGCCACCGACGAUGAAGGGAGGAGAGCUGGCGAAACGCAAGGACAAGAGGGAGGAAGCCGAAGCGGCGCUCAAAGCGGCGAGAGAGGCGGGUAACCAGGAAGAGGUGGAGAAAUUAUCCAAGAGAACGGUGCGAGUGAGCAAAGAACAGAGCAUGGAGGUCAUGAAGCUCGCGCAACUUUUGGGGAUUCCCGCGUUUGAGGCGCCGUGCGAAGCCGAGGCGACGUGCGCCGCGAUGUGCAAAGCUGGAUUGGUCUGGGCCGUGGGCACGGAGGACAUGGACACCUUGACGUUCGCCGCGCCGAGAGUGGCAAGAAAUUUGAUGGCGCCGAAAUCCGCCGAGAAACCUGUGCUCGAAUUCGACUACGAAAAGACCAUCGCCGGACUCGGGCUCACCGCGGACCAGUUCAUUGACUUGUGCAUCUUGUGCGGAUGCGACUAUACCGAUACCAUUCGAGGCGUCGGUCCGAAGACUGCUUUGAAACUCAUCAAAGAACAUGGCUCGAUUGAGAAAAUCUUGGAGGCGAUUGAUACUGAGAAGUAUCCCCCUCCGAAGGAUUGGGAGUUUGCCGGGGCGCGAGAACUGUUCAAAAAUCCCGAAGUGAUGGAUGUGAGCGGGAUCAACCUCUCUUGGAAGGCGCCAGAUGAGGAAGGACUCGUCGAAUUUUUGGUCAAGGAGAAACAAUUCCAGGAGGAUCGCGUGAGAGGUGUGUGCGCGAGGAUCAGAAAGGCCCGGCAGGGCGCCGCGUCGCAGAACCGUUUGGAAAGCUUCUUCGGACCGCCAAAGAUCAUUUCCAGCACUAUCGGCAAGCGGAAGGUUGAAGAAACCAAGAGCGGUAAGGGCAGCAAGGCUGGAUUAAACAAGAAAUCCAAGGGUGUGAGCGGUUACAAAUCCAAGAAGACUUAG